CCUCCUGCCAAUCCGCCGCCGCCCUCCCCACUCCUCUCCCCCCUGCUUGCCGCCCCAUGCGUCAGCUGGCUGCCACUGCCGCGAAAACCGGAAACUACCAGCCGCAGGACCAUCACCGCCAGCACCAGACCAGACCUGUGGGAGGCACGGCACGGCACGGCAGGCAACUCACCGGCGAAGCAAAAGCUUGAGGAGCACGCGGCUUGCUGUCUUCCCCAACGGCCUCCCCGCCCCUAUAUAUACCUCCCGCGCGCUUCCCGCCUCUCUCCGUCACCCGCUCCAUUCCCCGGCUAGCCAGAGGCUUCUCUGCUGAAGACAAAGAAGGCAAGCUAGCUAGAGAGAGAUGAGACCGGAGAGAGGAGCGGCGGCGGAGCUAAUGGCGGGCGGCGUCGCGCGGCCGAUGAGCCUGUGGCGGACUCCGACGCCGUACCUCUUCCUGGGCUUCGCCUUCAUGAUGGGGCUCAUCGCGGUGGCGCUGCUCGUGCUCAUCUGCACGCGCCCCAAGCCCUCGUCGCGCCGCGGGGACGACGAGGAGCGGGCGGCGUCGUCCUCCUCGGUGCGUGUCGUCCUCGCGCAGCUCGACCGGGAGGCGCCCAAGGUCGUCGUCGUCAUGGCCGGCGACGCCCUGCCAUCCUUCCUCGCCAGCGCCAGGCCGCUCGUCGUGCCCGCCCCCGCCGCCGCCGCCGCCGCUGUCGCACGUGGCGCCGGGGCGCCUGAGGGCGCCGCGGCCGUGUAAGCUCUCGCGCGCGCGCGAUCCAGCACCCCGCGUACGUGGCGAAGCGAGCGGCGACGCGGGGCCAAUUUUUUCGAGAGAUUUUUUUUCCUUUUUUGUUUGUUUUGAUUGGAGUGCGGUGCGGUGGCGUCAGCCGUGGUGAGAGCGCCCAGCCGCUGGCGACGGCGGCGCAGAAAUCUGUGGAACGGUUUCGACGAGUUUUGGUUUGUUUCUGCAAGCUUUCUGGCUGGCUUGGCACCAAGGAACACGUACAAAUCGAGCUUUUUGGCUGCGUUCAGCUGGAUCGCAAUUCCCAUUUGAUCAUUCGAGGAGGAGCUCGGGUUUGUAAGUUA